AUACCUUACGUCAUCAGAAAGCGCCUUCCUCCCGGUAGUAGCAGCAGCAGGCGCAGGCGCAGUAAACUGACCUUCUCCUCCGCGGCCUCGUAGCUCGUCCUGGAGCUAGACGAGGACCUUGAAUGUUUUUGCAGCAGCGGUAUUAAUUCUUGCCGUUUGUAUAUAACUGUCCACACACCCAGCCAUGCCGACAACGCUGGAAGUUCCGUCUGCUCAGGAGCUGAAUGUGGAUGAGAUCAACGUGUCAUCUGCUGUGCUGAAGGCUGCUGCUCACCAUUUUGGCUCUCAAUGUGACAAAGCCAGCAAGGAGUUCAUGCUCUGCCGCUGGGAGGAAAAGGACCCCAGAAAAUGUCUAGAAGAAGGACGGAAAGUUAACGAGUGUGCACUCAACUUCUUCAGACAAAUCAAGGGAAACUGCGCCGAGUCCUUCACUGAGUACUGGACCUGUCUGGAUUAUUCCAACCUGGCUGAGCUGCGUCGCUGCCGCACGCAGCAGCAAGCCUUCGACAGCUGCGUCCUUGACAAGCUGGGCUGGGAGAGACCUGAGCUGGGCGACCUGUCUAAGGUGACCAAAGUGUCGACCCCACGGCCCAUCCCUGACAAUCCCUACCACUCCAGACCUCGUCCUGAGCCCAACCCAGUCAUCGAGGGGAAACUGGAGCCUUCCAAACAUGGCAGCAGGUUAUUCUUCUGGAACUGGUGAGGCAGCUCCAGAGUGUACAAAGCCUUCUAAAGCUAUGAGCUCUGUCCAUUUUGUGGACAGAGCUCAUGUGCUAACAGUGUCACCACCAGCUGUACGUCCAGCACCAUCAAACAGUUUGAUAAAGGAAGGAGGGAUGGAUGAUUGUGCGAGCUAAGUCCAUGAGUCCAUACAGCUUUCCUGACCACCUCUGUAAAUGUAACGAGUGAACAAAUGCAACAUACUGUUAUUAUUGUUGUCAAAUAAUAAAGAGAUAAAUUAUCA